CAGAAGUAUAUAAUUACUAAGCACUUUCUGCAGAUCUGGAGCGACGUGAACAGCAGCAGUUAAAGAUGUUGGCCCAACUGAAGGAGAUCCAGUCUCGUUCAGAGGAAAAUGUGUUGGAAUGUGGCCGUCUAGAGGCUCAGCUGAUCGAGAGCGAGAAAAGAAGGGAGGAGCUGAGCUCUAAAGCUCAGGAAGCAGUCCGUCAAUGGAAGACAAAGUGCAAGAAACUCGAGCAAUCAUUUAAGGAGCUAAAGGAUAACAGCAGAAACAACACUGAUAAAGAUAAAUGGAGCAAAGGGAGAGAAGGCAUUCUUAGCCAGCAGUUAGAGGUUGCACGCCAACAGCUGGCUGAUGCUCUUGGACGUCUUGCUCAGCAACUAGAGCUUCAGAGGCUCGAAAGCCUUGAGAGGCCUGGAAGAGAGAGGCACAGAAGCAGAUCUCCUUACAGGUCCGUUAUGAUGAGGAGGAGAACAUCAGGCUGCAGAAGCAUUUUGGAACUUCAGGAGCAUAGGAAAGAAGAGGAACAGAGAUCUCUGUUGGAUCUCCAGGGCUCAGUCAAGAACCUGAGCACUGCAAGAGCUGAUCUGGCUGCCAGAUUGACUGAGGUGGUGAGCUCUAAGAAGAAUCUAGAAAACAGCUUGCUGUAG